AUGAACUCAUUAAUAAAAGGAACAUCAUUAUUAUUUGUUGGUAUUAGUGGAUUUUCAACAAUUUUAAAUUGUGAAGAUAAACCAACAACAACAACAAAAACAACAACUUUAACAAAUAAUAGUGUAUGUUGUAAAUCACCAACUCAAUGUAUUGUUAAUAGUUCAACAUUAUCACCAAUAAUAAUUAAAAAUAAAAAAAAUAUGAAUAGAGAAUUAAAAAAAGAGAUUUUAUCAUGGAAAGAAGGAAAUUGUGUACCAGGAAUAAGUGUUUGUAUUCAAUCAAAUGGUGAAACAAUAUACAAAGAAGCAUUUGGUUUUGCUGAUGUCGAAAAUGUAAUUCCAAUGGAAACUUCAAGUAAAUUAAGAGUUGCGAGUAUUUCAAAAGCUUUAACUUCAAUUGGUUUAGGUGUAUUAUUUGAACAAGGGAAAAUUAAAUUUUCAGAUUCAAUUCAAAAACAUGUACCAGAAUGGAAGAAUAGUCCAAAUUUUCCAGAUGAUGUUUUAACUAUUAAUCAUGUUGCAUCACAUUUAGGAGGUAUUAGACAUUAUGGGUUAAAUAGAAAAGCAGAAUUUUAUAGUGUAGAGAAAUUUAAAACUGAUAAAGAAUAUAAUCCAUGGGGUCAUAGAAAUCCUUUAGAAAUGUUUAAAGAGAAUCCAUGGGUAAAAGAUUUAGAGAAAACUAAACCAGGUCAUUAUUUUAAUUAUUCAACUUUUGGUUACACUUUAUUAGGUUUAGUAAUUGAAUCAGCAUCUGGUAAAAGUUUUACAACAUUUAUGAGAGAUUCAGUUUUCAGACCAUGCGGUAUGUUUGAUACUCAACCUGAUGAACAUGAUUCUUUAAUUCCAGGUAGAUCAAAACAGUAUGCUCUAAAAUUCACACCAAGAACUCAACAAGAGAUCUCAGCAAAUGGAUACGACGAAGCUAGAGUCUCAUUAUGUAAUGCUGAAUUCACAAAUUCCAGUUAUAAAUGGCCAGGUGGUGGUUUCAUCUCAACUGCUGAAGAUCUUUGUAAACUUGGUUCAACCGUUUUAGGUGGUCGACUUUUAAAGCAAUCCACAAUUGAUCAUCUCUUUAAACCAAAUCCACCAUUAACUGGAAAGAAUACCAUGAACUAUUGCACUGGUUGGUUUAAACAACCUUCUUCAAAAAAUAAUACCGAUAUAAUCUAUCACACUGGUAAUGCAGUUGGUGGUAGUACUGUAUUAGUAAUGAUACCUCAAGAAAACAUUGUAGUUUCAGUUUUAGCAAAUCAAGAAAAAACAAAUUUAAUUAAUGAAUUUGGUUUUAAUUUAGCAAGAAUCGCUUCAAAAUAUAAUAAUUAA